GGGCGUCAUGUGACUCAUCACACCAGGAAGUGAUGUGAGUUGUCAGACUCCGUGAAAACAACAACAUCACAGGAAAUUUUAGCUGCUACAUCACGCUGAAACACCCGAAUUUUACCUGCUACAUCCCACUGACGCACCGGCCUGCUCUCCCCCCCCCCCCCCCCCGGUGUUUCCCCGGCGGAGGGCAAGCAGCAGCGGGCAGAGAUGUGGAUACAGCCAGAGGAGGUCCUGCUGGCCGGAGCUCUGUGGGUGUCCGAGCGGGCCAACCCGUUCUUCAUCCUGCAGAGGAGACGGGGACACGGCCGCGGAGGGGGGCUCUCUGGUCUUCUUGUUGGGACUCUGGAUGUGGUUCUAGACUCCAGUGCCAGAGUGGCCCCAUACAGGAUCCUGCUGCAGACUGCAGACUCUCAAAUCUACUGGAACAUUGCCUGUGGCUCAUCCAGGAAGGAGAUCACUGAGCACUGGGAUUGGCUGGAAUCCAACCUGCUGCAAACUAUCUCCAUCUUCGACAAUGAUGAAGACAUCACCACCUUCGUCAAAGGAAAGAUCUGUGGCAUCAUCGCAGAGGAGAACCGGUUGAAGCCGAGCGACGAGCAGGAAGAGGACAGCGGGAAGUUUCGGGAGGCAGAGCUGAAGAUGAGGAGGCUGUUUGGGAUGCCCGAUGAGGAGAAGCUGGUGAAUUAUUACUCCUGCAGCUACUGGAAGGGCCGAGUGCCACGGCAGGGCUGGCUCUACCUGUCCGUCAACCACCUGUGCUUCUACUCCUUCCUGCUGGGCAAGGAGGUGACCCUGGUGGUGCCGUGGACCGAGGUGACCCAGCUGGAGAAGAACGCUACACUGCUGUUUCCAGAGAGUGUUCGUGUGAGCACUCGUGACACCGAGCAUUUCUUCUCCAUGUUCCUCAACAUCAAUGACACCUUCAAGCUGAUGGAGCAGCUCGCCAACAUCGCCAUGCGUCAGCUGCUUGACAACGAGGCGUUCGCCGCUGACCGCUCGUUGCCCAAAUCCUGCAAGACCCUGAAGAAUGUCUCUGUGCUGAAGAGAGAUUUGGACGCCCGGGCAAAGAAUGAGCGGUACCGGGCGAUGUUCCGGCUGACACAGGACGAGCGCCUGGACGGACACACGGACUGCACACUGUGGACGCCAUUUGCCAAGAUGCAUGUGGUCGGACAGCUGUUCAUCUCCAACAACUACAUCUGCUUCAACAGCAGAGAGGAAGACCUGUGUCAGCUCAUCAUUCCUCUGAGAGAGGUGUCCAUUGUGGAGAAGGCGGACAGCAGCAGCGUUCUGCCAUGUCCGGUCUCCAUCAGCACCAAGAACAAGAUGACCUUUCUUUUCGCCAACCUCAAAGACAGAGACUUCCUGGUCCAACGUAUUUCUGACUUCCUGCAGCGGACGCCCGACAGCUUGUGGGGCGACACCAGCCCGCUGUCUCUGAUUGGACAGUCGGCGUCCUCCAGUGUCCCCUCGUCUUCAUCUGCAGGAUCGGAGUGCAUCCACAAGGGGCGUCAUUACCACCCCGGUCUGCCUACAGCCAGCCAGGGUUUACUGCAGCUGUACCACCAAGAUGCUCCGGAGGAUCUAGGACCCAAAGCUAUGAAGGAGAAGAUGAAAGAGGAAGCAUGGAACAUCCAUUUCUCAGAGUUUGGUCGAGGUGUCUGCAUGUACAGAACCUCCAGAACCAGGGAACUGGUCCUGAACGGCAUCCCUGAAUGUCUGAGAGGAGAGCUGUGGCUGCUGUUUUCUGGAGCACAGAACGAGAUGGCGUCCCACCCUGGGUACUAUGGCGACCUGGUGGAGCAGGCCAUGGGGCUGUGUUCAUUGGCUACAGAGGAGAUAGAACGUGACCUCCACCGCUCCAUGCCUGAGCACAGAGCCUUCCAAAAUGAGAUGGGCAUUGCUGCUCUUCGCCGCGUUCUCACCGCCUACGCCCACCGCAACCCAGGCAUUGGAUACUGCCAGGCGAUGAACAUCGUCACCUCUGUCCUGCUGCUCUACUGCACUGAGGAAGAGGCCUUCUGGUUGCUGGUGGCACUGUGUGAGCGGAUGCUGCCCGACUACUACAACACCAGGGUGGUAGGAGCUCUGGUGGAUCAGGGGGUGUUUGAGGAGCUGACCCGGGCCUUCCUCCCUCUGCUGUAUGAACACAUGCAGGAGCUGGGUGUCAUCUCCACCAUCAGCCUGUCCUGGUUCCUCACCCUCUUUCUGUCUGUGAUGCCCUUCGACAGUGCCGUCCUAUUGGUCGACUGCUUCUUCUAUGAGGGCAUCAAGGUCACCUUCCAGGUGGCGCUGGCUGUCCUCCAUGACAACAUGGACGCUCUGCUGUCCUGCAGUGACGAGGGAGAAGCCAUGACCAUCCUAGGCAGGUACCUGGAUAAUGUUGUAAACAAACAGACGGUGGCUCCACCCAUUCCUCACCUGCACGCCCUCCUGACGAGUGGAGACGAGCCCCCACCUGAGAUCGAUGUCUUUGACCUGAUUAAGUCGUCUUACGAGAAGUUUGGCAGCCUGCGCUCUGAUGUCAUUGAGCAGAUGAGAUUCAGGCAGAGGUUGAAAGUCAUCCAGUCUUUGGAGGACACAGCCAAGAGGAGUGUGGUGAGAGCGAUGAUGACGGAGUCAGCCUUCAGUAUUGAGGAGCUGGAGGAUCUCUACUGUCUCUUUAAGUCCAAACACAUGACGAGUUGUUACUGGGGCUCCAGCAGCUCUGCGGCAGAGCGUCAUGAUCCCAGCCUGCCGUAUUUAGAGCAGUACCGCAUCGACCCGGUCCAGUUUACUCAGCUGUUCUCUGCACUCGCUCCCUGGACCUGUGGAGGCCACACCUCCAUGCUGUCAGCUCGCCUCUUCAGACUGCUGGACCAGAACCAGGAUGGGCUGGUCAACUUCAAGGAGUUCAUCACCGGCAUCAGUGGGAUGUAUCACGGUGACAUGACAGAGAAACUCAAGCUGCUGUACAAGCUCCACCUCCCUCCAGCUCUAUGCCCUGAGGAGGCAGAGUCUGCUCUGGAGGCCGCACACUUCUUCACUGAGGAUGAACCACGAGAAUCUUCCUUCCUGUCUGAUCUGGACACUUUGCAGCAGCAGGAAGUGACACCAGGUGAGGAUGAGAAAGAGGAAGGAGACAGUGAGGAGAAGAGAGAGGUGAAAGACUACAGGUACUACCUGAGGAUGUGGGCCAAAGAGAAGGAGCCCAAGAAAGAGAGCAUCAAAGAUCUGCCCAGGAUGAACCAGGAGCAGUUCAUCGAGCUGUGUAAGACUCUGUACAACAUGUUCAGUGAGGAGCCCAUGGAGCAGCAGCUCUACCACUCCAUCGCCACCGUGGCCAGCCUGCUGCUGCGCAUCGGAGAGGUCGGCAAAAAGUUCAACAACGGCAGCAAGAAAGCUGAGACUGCUGCUCAGGCCCCGCCCAGCAGCCUUCAGAGAGGGGAGGGACCUGGUGAGGGCCUGUCGGAUGAGUCUCAGAUGUGCCGGGCUUUGGCCGAUGCCCAGCUGGAGCCGGCCGCUGCACAGACACCUGACGACGAAAUCAAAGACGACACUUCUGUAUCUUCGUACUCGGUGGUGAGCUCUGGCUCGCUGCAGUGUGAGGACAUCGCCGACGACACUGUGCUGAUUGGCGGCAGCGAGCAGAGGCGUGGCAGUGUGCUGGAUGUCGAUUGGUCGAUCACCUUCGAGCAGGUUCUGGCGUCACUGUUGACCGAGCCACCACUCGUCGACUACUUUGAGAAAAAGAGGGACAUCCAGUCCAAGAUGGCCGCCUGUAAGGCUCAACGAGCAGUGGAACGUCAGACGAGCUCCACUUCUGAUCACGAACUCACCCAGCAUUCCACCUGAUCACCUGACUCACCUGUCCUGUUUGUUUUCAGCCUCUGCUCAGGUGAGCUGAGACCAACAGAGAACUGAUUUAAAAGUCAUCAGCUGAUCUGAUAAUGUGAUUUGUGAAAUUCUCAAUGGAUCGUCCCUGAUGAUGUCACUCUGACGAUGACAGUGAGUGGCUGUUCUACAUAGAUGGAGUAAAAGAAACACGUCACCAUUCUGAAUAUUAUGAAGUCACCAACUAACCUUUUGACGUCACAGACUAACCUGUGAAUUCACAGAUUAACAUGUGAUGUCACACCAUGACAUCAGAAACAGUCUUGACACCUUCAGCUUUUUAAAUCAACUUUGCUGUCAUUAAGCAUUGUCAUGUUUUAAUUUUUUGAUUUUCUUAAUGCGCUUUCAGUUGAGAGGAGACACUCUGGUCCAACACUGACCAGGAGUCAUGGCACCACAGACCUGAUAACACCUGCUGCUGGUGUUUGACAAGAACAAACAGUUCUAGGAGGAGGUUUUGCAUCACAUUAAUACACAGUGAAUCUUCAAUCUAACAUGAAGGUCAUAUUGAAGUUUCCCUUGUACUGGAAAUCCAUGCUAUCAGAAAUGAAGACGUUUACCUCUACAGCCCCCAAACAGAUAUUUAGCAUCCCAGCUUUAGAAACCAAUAGGAAUCUGACCUCAGUGAUACCUCACAGCUAACUAACCAAUAGUGGUCCAGCUUUCUAUAGCCCCGCCCCCUCACAGCUUCCAGGUGAUCCAAUCAGAAUGAGCAGCUGCCUCACAAUCCGUCAGGCUUAUUUACUUUCUAGAGCUUCUUCUGCUAACUCUAAAAGGUCUGAGCCACAACAAAGUUCACCAGAUGUUCUGCUGUUGGCUGCAAGAGAGAACACAGGAGUCCUCAAGCAUCUCGGCAUCAGAGUGGAUUACUGUUGUCACUGAUAGGAAUGUAGUCGCUACAGUAAUAGGAGAAUCUUCAAUGUUAGCAAGCUGUGCAGUUAAUGUGACUAACAAUAGCAUUAGUCACACAAAGUGAGAAAACCUUAUUGUUGUCAGGUUGUGCAGCUAAUGUGGAUAACUGAAGCUGUGGUGGUCUGCCCACAUGUGAUGCUGAGGGACAUUCAGAGAUGGUGGAAACUAAGGUAAACCAGUAAACAAGGACUAGGUGGGUUACUGUGCUUUCAUGUCACCAGUUGAGCUUCAGUUCAAACUAAACUCAGCUGCUGUUUAAAUCAGUUAGCUUCCCUCCAGCUCUCUGUGCUCACAUAAACAGCAUUUUAAUACAGAGGAAGGGUUUUUCCUGUUUCUGCUGUCAGACAGCAGAACAAGUGUAAAACAGACACUGAGUCACAGAGCAGUAAGACUUCAUGUUAACCAGCAGUCACUCCGUUUCUCUGCAGCUAAAAUACAGAGGAGUUAAAAAUAACUGCACUGAGAAUUUACAGAUAUUUCUACGUAAAUGAUCCUCGGACGGAAACUCAGAAGAUAGAAAGUUGUGCUCUGUCUCACUCAUUAAUCUGUAAAUCGCAAAGAGGAAGAGUCCUCUUCCUGAAGGGAGGCGGGGCUAACAUCCUGUUUAGAACAGGACUAAAACCAGGAGUUAGACAGUCUUGAAGAAAUCAACCGUUUCUGAACACUGACAGACUCAUUUUAAGGACACUUUAAUCAAAUGGGAACAGGAUCAAUGCAGGAGCUUGAACUGAUCAGUGCUGAUUCAUUGAUCUGUUCCCGAGUCUCUGCAGAACCAAACGGACUAAUAAGCAGACGCACCAUCCAAUGACUCUCCUGAAACACUUCAGACGUGAAGCUCAGUAACAGAGUAAAGACAUUAAAACCGUUUAUUGACAUCAACACAACAGACUGUAAAUAUGUUUAUUUACACAAACGCUCUCGUUGGUUUUAAGAGAUUCACAGUUCACUAAAAAUGAGCUAAGCGUGUUCAGUGUUAACGUUUGUUGAGGUGAGGUCACCUGAAGCCUUGUUUGUUUUCCUGUUGCCUGCUUCCGAUGACGCCACACCUGUGUAUUCCUGCCUGUUGACGAUCAUGUCACUGUGUUUAUUCACCAACCUGCUUUUAAAUCCAUCAUAUUGAUCAGUUAUUGUACUCUGUUGUUCUAAUAAAUCCUGAAGGAAAUCA